UUCUUGAAGGAAAGGGCUGGGAGGAUGCUUGUGGGGAGCCAUCGCUGCUCCCCCACCAACACGUGUACUGGAGGGAUAUAGGGUGAUAUAUAGGGUGAGCCUUUAAUUAAUGCUGCUGGAGCUUUUUGUCAUUUUCCCGGUCCCGUUCGUGACGGUGACACUGCCCAGUGGCAGUCCCAGGGCUCGGUCAUCCUUGGGACUUCUGCAGAAUCCAGGAGAAGCCCCACUGGAGGCAAAACGCCCUGCUCAGGAAUAUAGGCAAAGGGCACGAGGAGCUGACGAGUAAAUAAAAAGGCACGCGCGUCCCGUGUGCCGUGAAAAUGCCAGUGCCUGUGCUGGUAAAAGGGCCGUGUGUUAUAGUGCUGCCCGUGGUCGUGUCGUAUGAUUCAGUAUUUUGAAAGAAAAAGGCAAAUCAACCCCAAACUGUAAGGCUUCUGCUCAUCUCUGCCCUUUCUCUCCCGCUCCACAGCCGCGAGCUUGCCUUGGAGCUGGGUUUUUACAGACUUGCAUUUGAAGGAAGAGGAGCUGUAUUUCGAGGUCUGUUUUGCCAGGAGUGGCUGUCACUGACCUGUGUGCAAGCAGGCUGCUCCUAAAAACCCUGCUUUUUGCACAGUGUAGAGGCACACGUUGUUACAGAGAAUGGAUUUCUCCUGCUGAAGGUGAUGCGAGCCUCCACCUGACUGUUCUGUGCUUGUGGCUAACAAGUCAGCAAAGCGCAUCUGGAAGGAGAUGCUCUUAAUUCAUGCUGGGAAGCGAAGCCUGGACUUGUCCUUUGUGGGUGGAGGCUUCUGGGCCGACCGAACGCCGGUUCACGAAGCAGCCAGGCGGGGAGAGAUCCGGCAGCUGCAGCAGCUGAUAGAGGGCGGCGCCUGCGUCAACGCGGUCACCUACGACUCCAUCACCCCGCUGCACGAGGCGAGCCUGCGGGGGCAAACGCAGUGUGUCAAACUCCUGCUGGCCGCGGGAGCCCAGGUGGAUGCCAGGAAUAUCGAUGGCAGCACCCCGCUCUGCGACGCCUGUGCCUCGGGGAGCGUCGAGUGCGUCAAAGUGCUGCUGUCGCACGGUGCCAAGGUGAACCCUCCCCUCUACACGGCGUCCCCUCUCCACGAAGCCUGCAUGAACGGUAGCUCAGAGUGCGUGCAGCUCCUCAUAGACGUCGGUGCCAACUUGGAGGCCCACGACUGCCAUUUUGGGACGCCCCUACACGUGGCCUGCGCCAGGGAGCAUCUGGACUGCGUGAAGUUGCUGCUCAAGGCAGGGGCAAACGUGAAUGCUGCUAAACUCCACGAGACGGCCCUUCACCACGCAGCGAAAGUGAAAAACGUGGAUCUGGUGGAAAUGCUGAUUGAAUUUGGAGGAAACAUCUACGCAAGGGACAACCGAGGGAAGAAGCCAUCGGAUUAUACCUGGAGCAGCAGUGCCACAGCAAAGUGCUUCGAGUACUACGAAAAAACGCCCCUGAGCUUGUCGCAGCUCUGCAGAGUUACGGUGAGGAAGGCCGCCGGGCAGCGGGCGCUGGAGAAGAUUGCCAAGCUAAACAUCCCUCAGCGGUUAAUCCAGUACCUGUCCUACAACUGACAGGGCUGAAGGUGACCGGGAAGGACAAGGGCUUUAGCUCGCACAGCAUGAAGUAUCCGUCUCUUUCUCUUCUACCUCCCCACAAGAAAUGAAUUUUAAUUUAAGCAAAAA